CGCUUCUGUGCAGCUCGCUGUUGCAUUCAUUGCUAGUUUUUUCUCCUCCCCCUCUAGCAGCCGCCAUACUGCAGGGCAACCCAAACUUGUUACACACUGGCACGAACUCCUCCUCUUGCUGCUGCCGCCCCCAUUUCUAUUCCUAUCAGCUGCUGCUGAGCACGCAGCAAGGGCCGGUGAACCUGCUUCUGGAGAAGGAGGGAAAGCGGGGGGAAGCAUAGGGAAGCUGGAGAGAGCAAUAGCCGCAGUGUGUGCCUGUCUACCGUGGGGGAUAACCUUCUUCAGAGAUUGCAACAGGGAUUACCUUACCUUUUGAAAAUAUAUGAGUAGUAAAUACUUUAGUACUGAAGAUUUUCGGGGCUACCGUGUUGGAUUUCAUUUACUAUACAUCAUAUAGAAAAGAGAUACUUAAGAGAACUAAGUUCUGGAGGAAAAACUUGAAAAGCUCCAUAUGGUGACAGUGUUAUAUACCAGCCCAACUAAUCGGAAGCAUGUGCUUAAGAAGCAAAAGAGUUGCCGAGGCUGAUUCAGGAAGUCCUUUCUGUUCACUGCUGUGGCAAAUCUGUGUUCAUUGGGGGAAGUGAUCUAUCAGACAGCGCAACCGUUUGGAAGCUUCCUUGCAAGGUGUCUGCCGCAUGCUCAUUAAGUCUGACAUGUCUUCAUUUUUACAAACGCUCUGAACUCAAAAAGGCAUUUAUUCUGCCCAAUGAACUUUUGCUGCUGUAGUUACCCAACUACUCCCAUCAAACAAGGACAGUUAAAAUGUCUCUCCUUCUGUAUGGAGCUGUGAGUUUAUUUCUUGGAAUUGUUGCAGCGCUUGGUCCAGUCCCUCGGAUCACUUGGGAACACAAAGAAGUACAUCUAGUACAUUUUCAAGAAUCAGAAACCUUUAACUACUCAACCUUGUUACUAAGUGAAGACAAAGAUAUUUUAUACGUAGGAGCAAGAGAAGUUAUCUUUGCGCUAAAUUCAUUGAACAUUUCUGAAAAAAGGCAAGAGGUGUUCUGGAAGGUCACCGAAGACAAGAAAACUAAAUGUGCAGAAAAGGGCAAAUCCAAACAGACCGAGUGCCUUAACUAUGUCCGUGUCUUACAACAGCUGAAUGAUACGUUCCUCUAUGUAUGUGGAACUAAUGCAUUUCAGCCAGUCUGUGAUCAUCUGAAUUUGAAAUCAUUUGAACUUGGGGGCAGAAAUGAAGAUGGUAAAGGAAGAUGUCCAUUUGAUCCUGCACAAAGUUAUACAUCUGUUAUGGUUGAUGGAGAACUUUACUCUGGAACAUCAUACAACUUCUUGGGAAGUGAGCCUAUUAUUUCUAGAAACUCCCAGCAAAGUCCACUAAGGACAGAGUAUGCAAUUCCUUGGCUUAAUGAACCAAAUUUCAUUUUUGCUGAUGUGAUAAGAACUGAAUCAGAAAGCGAAGAUGGGGAUGAUGACAAAGUGUACUUCUUUUUCACUGAAGUGUCUGUGGAAUAUGAAUUUCUCGGCAAGCUUAUGAUUCCACGGAUAGCUAGAGUUUGUAAGGGGGACAGAGGAGGACUUAGGACUUUACAAAAAAAAUGGACUUCCUAUCUCAAGGCCAGGUUGCUUUGCUCAGUCCCAGAUAAAAAUUUGUUUUUCAACAUUGUCAAUGAUAUCUUUAUCCUGAAGUCUCCAAACUCAAAGGAGCCAGUGAUCUAUGGAGUUUUUACCCCACAAUUGAACAAUGUAGGGUUAUCAGCCGUGUGUGCCUACAACAUCUCUACAGUGGAGGAUGUUUUUGCCAAAGGGAAGUACAUGCAGAGUGCCACAGUGGAACAGUCCCACACAAAGUGGGUGCGAUACAAUGGAGACAUUCCUAAACCUCGGCCUGGAGCAUGUAUAAACAAAGAGGCCAAAGCAGACAAUUAUGAGACUACACUCAACUUACCUGACAAAACGCUUCAGUUUGUUAAGGACCAUCCACUGAUGGAUGACUCUGUGACCCCAAUAGGAGACAAACCCAGACUGGUAAAGCGUGAUGUGAAGUACACACAGAUUGUGGUAGACCAGGUCCAAGCACUGAAUGGCACCACAUAUGAUGUCAUGUUCAUCAGUACAGAUCGAGGAGCCCUUCACAAAGCCAUCAGCUAUGAAAAUGGAAUGCACAUUAUUGAAGAAACGCAGCUCUUUCCAAAUUUUGAGUCCAUUCAGACACUGUUGCUUUCUUUCAAAAAGGGCAAGCAGUAUCUCUAUGCAGGAUCCAAUGCUGGAGUGGUCCAGUCUCCUCUCGCGUUUUGUGACAAGUACAGCACUUGCGUUGACUGUGUUCUUGCAAGAGAUCCAUACUGUGCUUGGAGUCCUCAUGAAUCUGUCUGUGUUGACAUCUUCAAAGAAAGUGAGACCGGAAGGGACUGGAUUCAGAAUAUAGGUGGAGAUGCCUCUUCUUGCACACAUGAUACACUAAGAGAGCAUUCUCUGCAGCACACUUUCAAGCAUGGGAGCACUGCAGAGCUAAAGUGUUCUCAGAAGUCCAACCUGGCCCAAGUGGUGUGGAAAUUCAAGGAUGAUGUGCUAAAGGUGGAAAGCCCCAAGUAUCGUCUUCUGGAGAAAGCGCUGCUCAUCUUCAAUUUAUCUGAAGGGGACAGUGGUGUUUAUCAGUGCCUGUCAGAAGAAAAAGUGAAAAAUCAGAAAUUCUCACAGGUGUUGGCGAAACAUGUUUUGGAACUUAAGAAAACUCCGCACACCACUCUGAGCCCAACACAGCCUACAAUACGGACAGAAGGAAAUGGAGAAGCACCCAAGAUGUCAACAGUACCUAUCCUGAGGUCAAGUGCACACACGUCGACCACCCCAGUUGUACCAUUCACAACAUCCAGGAUAGGAACAAAUCCUACAGUUCCUUUCCGAGCAAUCACAGCCUCCAAUGUUGAACAUUUGAACUCGCCUCCCGAAGUCCCUGAAAAGGCGAUGUUUCUAAAGUCAAAUGAUAAUUUCCUGUUGAUGUUUCUCUUUCUGUUCUUUUUUGUGCUCUUCCUGUGUCUGUUCUCCUACAACUGUUACAAAGGGUAUUUGCCAGAUCAAUGUCUGAAGUUCCGCUCUGCUCUGUUACUUGGGAAAAAGAAGCCCAAGGCAGACUUUUCGGAUUGUGAGCAAAGCGUAAAGGAGACACUGGUGGAGCCGGGCAGCCUGUUGACACAGAGUGGAGACCACCCAAAGCCAGCCCAUGACACAGGAUAUGAGACUGAGGCAGACUAUGGAAAUGGCCAUGUUCAACACAGUGAGGAUCACUCACAGUCUUAUAAAGACAUCAAGGACAAGCCUUUUGAUGUUAAGUGUGAACUGAAAUUCGCUGACUCAGAUGCUGAGGGUGAUUAAAGGAGAAUAUCCCAGACUUCCAUAAUGAAAGUACUGCCAUUUUGAGUCUUUUAUUUUUGAACGCGUUCAUCUUAGAUGUGAUAAAUGGGCCAAAAAGGGCUACAUGUUCUAAAUUUGAUCAAUGACGUGUUGUCAUUUCACAUCUGUCUAGAGCAGAGAACAAUUUUGCUUUUCCUGAAAACCAUUCUGUUACACAUUUAAUUUUAAUGUUUUUGCCUUUUUCUUUCUUUCUUUUUGAAUGGCCAGUUUUGGUUUCGCAUUGUGGACUUGCUAAGCUUCCCCCUUGCCCCUGAGGAUGAUUUAAUGCUUGCACAUAUUGAGUAUUUUAAUUAUUUUCUCUUUUUUCAUAGAAGGCAAGAUUAACUGUUACUGCAGUCAUGCGAAUUUAAGUAGCUUCAGUCUGCACACUAUUUAACUGCCAUUAAAAAUCUAAUUUCAGUUUAAUUCCAAAUUGGAAAUGAUGUUUAGUUUAUCAGAUUGGUAAAUUAUAGCCUUUUUGUCCAGAUUGGGACAUUUCUUUGCAUCUAGUGAAUCUUAAUGCUCAGUGUAAUGCAUUAAUUGUAUUUAUCUAGUAGUUGAUGAAAGAAAAUGUUAAAUCUUUCCAAAACUGUUUGCGUACCUUUUUAGAAUAUGAUGUAUAUUGGGACAAAUCUGGCUAGAUUUGCGUACAGUUCUCAGGGAUUAAACUCUGGUUAAAUGCUUUUGUUUUUCUUUUUAGAGAUGUAGAAAAAGGUAAUCGUUCUGAGUCCUUAAAGUUCAUUUUGAGGUUGCAGGGAGCUUAGUUUUAGAAAAGAGAUAUUUUUAAAAAAAGAAGUUGGGCACUGCCACGUUAACUGGAUUUUAUGUUUUUAUUUUAAGUGAAUUAUUGUGGGGAGACAGUAGUCACUGAACCACAUCCAUGUGAGAAGCUUCUAGCCUUUGUAUACAAUGCAGAACUUGGCAAACAUUUGUUGGACUUCUCAAAAGAGACUACUGUAGAUGCAGUUCAUGUCAGCUUUUUUCAAAAUUGGAAGGCAAGUUUCCCCCCACUCCCACAACCAACUUUGCCAAAUGUUUCGCUUGUUCUUCACAUCAUUCACCGACGUUUUUUAAAAAGCAACUGGAGAAGGAAAUCGAGAGACUGGAACUGCCCAGGGGUUCAGCCCCUUUCUCUCUCCUGAGACAUAAACUGAGCACAGCUCACCACACUAUUUGUUGUAAAACUCUUGUGCUGUACAGUUUUUAAUAAUUGUAUCUCACUGUCUUUGUGUCUCUCGCUUGCUGUGUGUAAAUAUUGUUAGAAAUAGAAUUCUCGUUGUGGAAUAGGCAACACGUUCCAAGACCCUUUUCUUUCCUUACUCUUGCAAUCUUCCCCAACCCCAUUUAGUGUCAACCGUUUUUAUAUUCUGUAAGAUUCUGUUUGCUUUUAUUUUUCUAUUUUUAAUUCUGUACAUAUGAAAAAAUGAUAAAAUAAAUAUUAAAUUGUACUACA